AUGCAGGCGAUCAAAUGUGUCGUCGUUGGGGAUGGCGCAGUCGGAAAGACAUGCCUUCUUAUAAGUUAUACGUCAAACGCAUUCCCCGGGGAAUACAUCCCGACUGUGUUUGACAACUACUCGGCAAAUGUGAUGGUGGAUGGUAAACCCGUCAAUCUCGGAUUGUGGGAUACAGCCGGUCAGGAGGAUUAUGACCGGCUGCGACCCCUCUCUUACCCACAAACUGACGUUUUCCUCGUAUGCUUCUCACUCGUAAGUCCAGCAUCGUUUGAGAAUGUUCGAGCCAAGUGGCUGCCCGAGGUGCGUCAUCACUGCCCAAAUACGCCAAUCAUUCUGGUCGGCACAAAACUCGAUCUCCGUGAUGACCAGGACACCAUCGAAUUUCUCAAAAGCAAA